AUGCUGCUCCUGGGACUGUUUCUGCUGCUGCUCCUGCUCACCAGCACCCGCCUGCUGUGGAGCCGCGGGGAGCCCUGCAAGCUGCACCUCCCACCUCUGGCCCCUGGCCUCUUGCAUCUGCUGCAGCCUGACCACCCCAUCUACCUGCUCGGCCUGGCUCAGAAGCUCGGACCUAUCUACAGAAUCCGCUUGGGGCUACAGGAGGUGGUGGUGCUAAACUCGAAGAGGACCAUUGAGGAGGCCAUGGUCACCAAGGCGGUGGACUUUGCCGGCAGACCCCAUGCAGCAUCCUACAAGUUGUUCUUUGGGGACCAUCAAGACAUCUCUCUGGGAGACUAUACCCAACUCUGGAAGGCCCACAAACGGCUCACCCGCGCUGCCCUGCUGCACGGCAUGCACAACUUCCUGGAGCCUUGGAUGGAGAAGGUGACCCGGGAGUUCUGUGAGGGCCUGAGAGCCCAGGCCGGCACCCUCGUGGACAUCCAGAAGGAAUUCUCCCUGUUCACCUGCAGGAUCAUCACUUACCUCAGCUUCACAGAAAAGGAGGACACGUUAGUCCAGGUUUUUCACAACAACAUCCUGGACUUACUGUCUGCCUGGGAACACUGGUCCACCCAGAUUUUGGACAUCUUUCCUUUUUUCAGGUUCUUCCCCAUGCCGGGCCACAGGAAGCUGAAGCAGGCUCUGGAGAAGAGAGGCAGCUUGUUAGAGAAGCAGCUGCAGCAGCACAAGGAGAGCAUGGUGGCAGGCCGGCCGAGGGACAUGACUGACUACAUGCUCCAGGAGGUCAGCAGGCAGCAGGGGGGACGGGACCUGCAGCUCUGUGAAAGGCAUGUGGAGAUGGCGGUGCUGGACCUGAUAAUCGGUGGCUUGAAGACCACGUCGAGCACCCUCUCCUGGGUUGUCCUGUUCUUGCUUCAUCACCCGGAGCUUCAGGAGCGACUGCAGGAGGAGCUGGAUGCACAGCUGGAGCCUGGAGUCUCCGACUGCCCCUUCCAGUACAGAGACCGCGGGCGGCUGCCCUUGCUCAACGCCACCAUCUCGGAGGUGAUGCGCCUGCGGCCGGUGGUACCCCUGGGCCUGCCUCACCGCACCAUGCGGCCCACCAGCAUCCUGGGCUACGACAUCCCCCGGGACACGGUGGUCAUUCCCAACUUGCAAGGCGCCCUGCUGGACCCCACAAUCUGGGAGCAGCCGCGCAUGUUCCGGCCAGACCGCUUCUUGGACCCUGCCGGCAGCACCAGCGUCAACUCACUGGUCUUUGGCUGCGGGCCCCGCUCCUGCCUGGGGGAGCCGCUGGCCCGCGUGGAGAUCUUCCAGGUGCUGGUGCAUCUGCUGCAGGCCUUCACGCUGCUGCCGCCAGAGGGCGCCCUGCCCUCGCUGGAGCCCGAGCCCUACUCGGUGCACAACCUCAAGGUCCAGCCUUUCCAGGUGCGGCUGCAGCAGCGCAGGCCGGGCACCUCCGCGCUGGGUCAGCGCCAGUGA